UUGUACUGUGUGCGUUGUUUUGUUGGGUUCGACUUUUUAAAAUAAACAACUAAAUUACAAUAUUUUGUGUGUAGAUGCUUUGAUUUGUUUUCUUUCAAACGCUAAGAUGUCCAAAAAAGACGCAGACGUGGAUCUCGAGAAUUAUAUUCCUGAAAAAGUCAAAAAAGCUGAAAAGAGAAUAGAAUCGCAUUCCUACGACACGGAGGCAUGGAGUGUUUUAAUUCGCGAAGCACAGGGACAAGAGAUUAUAAAAGCACGCAAAGUAUAUGAACGUCUGGUAGCACAGUUUCCAAAUGCAGGAAGAUACUGGAAGAUUUACAUUGAAGCAGAGAUGAAAACUAGAAACUACGAAAGAGUUGAGAAGUUAUUUCAGCGUUGCCUGAUGAAAGUAUUGAAUAUAGACCUGUGGAAAUGCUAUCUUUCAUAUGUAAAAGAGACGAAGGGUAGUUUACCAUCAUAUCGUGAAAAGAUGGCCCAGGCGUAUGACUUUGCAUUAGAUAAGAUGGGUAUGGAUAUCAUGUCAUAUCAAAUAUGGGCAGAUUAUGUACAGUUUCUUAAAGGAGUUGAAGCGGUUGGUUCUUACGCUGAAAAUCAAAGAAUCACUGCAGUUAGACGGGUAUACCAAAGAGGGUGUAUUAAUCCUAUGAUCAAUAUUGAGCAGCUAUGGAGAGAAUACAAUACAUAUGAAACGGGCAUUAAUCCAAUUAUUGCAAAGAAAAUGAUAGAUGACCGAAGUCGAGAUUACAUGAAUGCGAGAAGAGUUGCUAAGGAAUAUGAAGUAGUUACAAAAGGAUUGAAUCGUAAUAUGCCAUCAGUGCCCCCAACUGGUACUCCAGAUGAAGUAAAACAAGUCGAAUUAUGGAAAAAAUAUAUCGCAUGGGAAAAAGCAAAUCCACUAAGAACAGAAGAUCAAACUUUGAUUACAAAAAGAGUAAUGUUUGCAUUUGAGCAGUGUUUAUUGUGUCUUGGACAUCAUCCUGAUGUCUGGUAUGAAGGUGCUCAGUAUCUGGAACAAGCAAGUAAACUCAUGUCAGAAAAAGGGGAUGUAAAUAAUUCAAAGAUAUUUAGUGAUGAAGCCGCUACUAUUUAUGAAAGAGCAAUUACGACAUUAAUGAAGAAAAAUAUGUUACUCUAUUUUGCUUAUGCAGAUUAUGAAGAGAGUCGAAUGAAAUUUCAGAAAUCUCACAGUAUUUACCAAAAGCUGUUAGCAAUAGAAGAUAUUGACCCAACACUUGUACAUAUUCAAUAUAUGAAUUUUGCGCGGCGUGCUGAAGGGAUCAAAUCAGCUAGGAUAUCAUUUAAGAAAGCAAGAGAAGAUGCCAGGACUCGAUAUCAUGUCUUCAUUGCCGCAGCUCUUAUGGAGUAUUACUGUAGUAAAGACAAACAAGUUGCAUUCAAGAUAUUUGAACUUGGCCUCAAGAAAUAUGGUGAUAUUCCAGAGUACAUUUUGGCCUAUAUCGAUUAUUUAUCACAUCUCAAUGAGGACAACAAUACAAGAGUUCUAUUUGAGAGAGUUUUGAUCGGAAAUCUUCCUCCUGAGAAAUCAGGAGAAAUAUGGCUGAAAUUUCAAGACUUUGAGUCAACAUGUGGUGAUCUGGCCAGUAUACUGAAAGUGGAAAAAAGAAGACAUGCUGUUUUCAAAGAGGAGUUUGAUGAUAAAGAGACAACAUUAUUAGUUGAUAGGUACAGAUACAUGGAUCUGUAUCCAUGUUCACCGGGUGAGCUCAGAGCAUUAGGUUACAAGGAUCUUUCCAGGAAGUUUGCCCCUCUUAUUCCCAUGCCAACUGCUACUCCCCUAAUCACUGCAGCUAAACAAGACAGUGUGCCACAAGAAGAAGAGAAAGAGGCAAGGCCUGAAUAUCCUAAACCAGACCUUCUACAAAUGAUGCCAUUUAAACCAAGAAAAUUUGCACCUGUUGGAUCACAUCCAGUGCCAGGAGGAAUAUUCCCCGUUCCACCAGCAGCAUCUCAUCUUCUGACAUUACUUCCACCACCUAUAUGUUUUCAGGGUCCAUUUGUACGAGUAGAUGAGAUAAUCCAAAAAAUAGGAGAAUGCCAGAUACCAGAAGUUCCUGUUUCUGAACCUACUGAGAAUGGUGUCAACAACGAGAAAGAUGCUUCCUUGGAGAGUGAUCCGAAGAAAAGAAAACGAGAGGGCUUAGCAAUAGGAGAUGACUCAGAUGAUGAUGAUAACAUAAUCCAAGCACCUGCACAUGAUAUUUAUAGAAGUAGACAACAGAAGCGUGUCAAGUAGUAAUUUGAAUCCUGGCAUCAAGUUUGUUAUUCCACUGCGGGCUUUGAUGUACAAGAUGGCGUGCAGGGUAGAUUUGUACAACAAGAAGUAGCAUGGAAAUUUUUAGUUAUUGAAAAUAUGUAAUGGAUGGAUACUCAGGAUGCAUGCAGUAACAGAUUUCGCUUUGAAAUCUAAUUUUCACAUGUACAUUUGCCAGUUGGAGAUGUUAGUUUUGUCUGUAUAUAGUGGGCAUUAUUUUGACAGUUACUGAAUGCUUGCUUUAACUCUUUGAGUCUCA